UUACAAACCUGGAAAAGUGACAUAAUUCCUUUCUCGUGCUUUGCCCUCCGAGAAAAAUUACUAAAAUUAGCAUAGCAAACGUCUACAGCACUCAAAAACGGGCCUAAACCAUUAAAAUAUCAAUAAUUUCCCAUGGCUUCGAUUGUGAUAGCCCGCAUAUUAACCCCCGCCUCCCACAGGGCAUUGCGACAACUCAUAAACAAAAAAUCGAUCGCCAAAUUUCAUAAUUAUGCUAGAACCUUGCAAAUUAUCAUUCCCCAAAACCAGCAGCAAAGGUUAUACUCCGAGAAGAAAGUGUUCGAAAGGAACAAACCGCAUUGCAAUGUGGGCACCAUAGGGCACGUAGAUCACGGUAAAACUACCUUAACUGCUGCCAUAACUAAAGUCUUAGCCGACCAGAAGCUUGCUAAAGCUAGAGGAUAUGCUGACAUUGAUAAUGCACCAGAAGAAAAGGCCAGAGGUAUCACGAUCAAUGUGGCCCACAUAGAAUACCAAACAGAAAAAAGGCAUUACGGUCACACUGACUGUCCUGGACAUGCCGAUUAUAUUAAAAACAUGAUCACAGGAGCCGCCCAAAUGGACGGGGCUAUUUUAGUGGUAGCUGCGACUGAUGGUGUUAUGCCCCAAACUAGAGAGCAUUUGGUGCUAGCCAAACAAAUCGGGGUGAAACACAUUGUUGUAUUUAUUAAUAAGGUGGAUACUGCCGAUAAGGAAAUGGUGGAAUUGGUUGAAAUGGAGAUCAGAGAACUUUUAACAGAAAUGGGCUUCGAUGGGGAUAAUAUCCCAAUAAUCACCGGUUCGGCCCUAUGCGCCCUAGAAGGAAAACAACCGGAAAUAGGCCAAGAAGCCAUCAUGAAGCUGUUGGAUGCCGUGGACACUCACAUUCCUUUACCGGAAAGGGAAUUGGACAAACCGUUUUUAUUGCCCGUAGAACACACUUACUCCAUCCCUGGUAGAGGCACAGUGGUCACGGGAAGACUGGAGAGAGGAGUGCUUAAAAAGGGGGCGGACUGUGAAUUUGUCGGAUUUAAUAAGGUGAUUAAGAGUACGGUCACGGGAGUGGAGAUGUUCCAUCAAAUAUUGGAGGAGGCUCAGGCUGGUGAUCAGUUAGGAGCGUUGGUCAGGGGUAUCAAAAGGGACGACAUUAAAAGAGGUAUGGUUAUGGCAAAACCCGGAACGGUAAAAAGCUACGACCACAUAGAAACCCAAGUGUACGUGUUAAGCAAAGAAGAGGGCGGCAGGGCCAAACCGUUUACCUCUUACAUUCAACUGCAAAUGUUCUGUAGAACUUGGGAUUGUGCCGCACAGGUCGUCGUUCCCGAUAAGGAAAUGAUUAUGCCCGGAGAAGAUUCCAGACUAAUUCUAAAGAUGAUAAGACCGAUGGUGCUAGAAAAAGGUCAAAGGUUCACCCUGAGAGACGGAACGGUCACUUUAGGUACCGGAGUGGUCACCAAAAUCCUUCCCACGUUGAAAGAACACGAAAGGGCCUCGCUGACCGAAGGCAAAAAGGCCAGAGAGAAGAAGAAGAGCGAGGCACAGUGAGCUUGAGGUAGAACCUAAUCUGUGAACUGUGUUUUUUUUUUGUUUAUCUAUUGUAUAGGUUACUACUAUUAAUUUUAUACCGAGGACAGUAAAGUGUUUAAUAAAGUUUUAGCAAAAGCACUAAGCGAGUGAAUAAAGUUAAAUUUGUUUGUGA